AUGGCACCCGUGAGGGGGAUUCUUGGCUUGCAGAGAGCAGUAUCAAUUUGGAAGGAAAGUAACAGAUUGGCUCCAGCUUUGAGAUCAUUCAGCGCCCAAGCUGCAUCCACUUCUGCCACUCCACAGCCACCUCCACCUCCUCCGCCUCCGGAGAAGACUCAUUUCGGUGGUCUCAAGGAUGAAGACCGGAUUUUUACCAACCUCUAUGGUCUUCAUGACCCGUUUCUCAAAGGGGCGAUGAAGAGAGGUGAUUGGCAUAGGACCAAAGAUUUGGUGCUCAAGGGUACUGAUUGGAUUGUCAAUGAGAUGAAAAAAUCUGGUCUUCGUGGACGUGGUGGUGCUGGUUUCCCUUCUGGUCUUAAGUGGUCCUUUAUGCCUAAAGUAUCUGAUGGCCGUCCCUCCUAUUUGGUUGUCAAUGCUGAUGAGAGUGAGCCUGGAACUUGUAAAGAUAGGGAGAUCAUGCGUCAUGACCCUCACAAAUUGUUGGAAGGGUGUUUGAUUGCUGGUGUCGGGAUGAGAGCUAGUGCAGCGUAUAUUUACAUCAGGGGUGAGUAUGUGAAUGAACGUUUGAAUCUGGAGAAGGCUAGAAGGGAGGCAUAUGCAGCUGGUCUCUUGGGGAAGAAUGCAUGUGGUUCUGGUUAUGAUUUCGAUGUCUAUAUCCACUUUGGUGCGGGUGCGUACAUCUGUGGUGAAGAGACUGCGCUUCUUGAAAGCCUUGAAGGGAAGCAAGGAAAGCCUAGGUUGAAGCCUCCGUUCCCGGCUAAUGCUGGUUUAUAUGGUUGUCCCACAACUGUUACCAAUGUGGAAACCGUGGCUGUUUCUCCUACCAUUUUAAGGCGUGGACCUGAGUGGUUUUCGAGUUUCGGUAGGAAGAAUAACUCUGGAACAAAGCUGUUUUGUAUAUCGGGCCAUGUGAACAAGCCGUGCACAGUCGAAGAGGAGAUGAGUAUACCUCUCAAGGAACUGAUUGAGAGGCAUUGUGGAGGUGUUAGGGGUGGAUGGGACAAUCUACUUGCUAUCAUUCCUGGAGGUUCCUCUGUCCCUUUGAUUCCUAAGAACAUAUGCGAAGAUGUGCUGAUGGAUUUCGAUGCGCUCAAGGCUGUCCAAUCAGGGCUAGGAACUGCGGCGGUCAUAGUGAUGGAUAAGUCAACCGAUGUUGUGGAUGCAAUUGCGAGGCUCUCUUACUUCUACAAGCACGAAAGCUGUGGGCAGUGCACUCCUUGCCGAGAGGGAACAGGUUGGCUGUGGAUGAUCAUGGAGAGGAUGAAAGUUGGCAAUGCAAAGCUGGAAGAGAUUGAUAUGCUGCAGGAGAGAUGGAGAGAAGGAUCAGGGAACGCGCUGAAAAGGAGUUGCUACAGGUUGCUGCUUAAAACCCUUGUUGACCACAGGGCCAUUUGGUAUUACUAUUCUCCGUGGAAAUAA